GUUGUUUUGGUAAUGUCAGUUCAGUUUUUAAAAUAAUGGAAGAAAUGUUCAGUUUUUUGUAGCUUUGAAAUGCAAAGAUACUGAAAACUUAUAUUCUGAAGAAACUAUUUUUAUUUCGCAGUGAACAAAUUUAAUUUCCUCCAUGGAGGGCGAGGACAACUCUGCUACAAAUGCAGAAGCUGCAGAAGCCCAGUUGGAGGAGCCCCCUCCCCCCCAACCGAGACCCAGGGGGAGGAGGCGUCGAGCCGCCAUCUACAACCAGGACGAUGAUCCCGAGACACUCAAGGAGAAGAAGAAAAAGAGAGCUGUGGAGCUCAAGCUCAAAAACCUGAAGUGCACAUUCAAUGAGACUACCGAGGUGACUGGCAAGAGACAAAAGAAAGCACCUCAGCGGUUCGAGUUGGUGCCCGUCGACAAACGCAAGUCAGUGGUGGAGAACUGCCAGGGACGUGGAACUCAACUCGGAAACAUCAAUUGGAUUGCCCACCAGCUACGUGCAGCCUCUCUCUACACCCUGCGUUUGCUGCACAGAAUCAUCUACCGGAAACAGGGGAUGUUUGCGGAGAAACAAAUCCGAAAGAGUGUGAUGAAGUUCAGUGGGUUCCCCUUCGAAGCGUCACAUCCAGAAGUCAAGAGGCGGAGAGAGCAGCUCGAAAAGUGCAACAUGAAUUCUCUUCAGCAGUUGAGACAAGUCCUUGGUCUGCGAGGAGGCACCAAAAAUGAAAUGGUGGACAACAUCAUGGAAUUUCUCGUGCGACCCUCCCAGCACAUUGUGGAGGAGUACAUCACAGAGGUUAUGAAUGCCAAAAUGCAGCAGGCUAAGUUUCAGCAGCAGCAACAACAACAACAACAACAACAACAGCAAGUGAUAACAUCCCAGCAUUCUGUGCAAGACAAGGAAAUGAAGGAUAUGAUUGGACCCCCUAUUCAGUUAGAUCCUGAUCUUGAUCUGAGUCCCUCAUCAUGGACAAAACCUGUUUACUUCAAGGAAGGAAAUGGCGUGAAAUUCAAGUUCAUCCGAGCUGUGUGUGCUAAUAUGCAGAGGGUUUCGGAUGCAUUCAUAGAAUUACUGCAUCGCUUGUUGUUCCUGAAUGUUGAUGAGUUGCAGCUCAUGCGUCGCAAUAUCUUGGAGUUCUGUGGUCUGGACUGUGAGCCUGGGACUCCAAACUAUGUCUAUAGAAUGAGAAUCUUAUCUGUCCUUCCCAUGGAGCAGCUGAAAUUAAUCUGCCAGGUUCUGUGCUUACCCACCUGGCACCGCUCCCGCCAUUUCCUUACUGAGGCCAUCAUGGAUUUCCUUGCAGUACCCAGGAUAUCUGCCAUGAAAAAGAGAGGAUAA